AUGGAAAAAGAUGAGCGUAGCACACUCAUGCGUGGACCAUUAGCAAUUGAGGUGAAGCUCACAACUAGCAAGGAAAAUGAUCUUAGUAGUGACUACUUGAUGAUAUUAACAGCGCUAUGGGAGUUGAAUGCAGAAGGUGGGUCUAACGAGGAGGCCAUUUCGGACUUCAUUGAAAAGGAAUACCAUGAAUUGCCAUGGGCACAUGCUACCAUGCUAAAUCAUCAUCUGAGAGAUCUUUGCAUGAAAGGCAAGAUUGUUAUGACGACGAUUCAUGUACGGCAACGGGGUAGAGCAGGUAACGAGAUUAAGAUUGGUGAAGAAUCUCAAACAGAAGAAGAGCAGGUAGUUGAAAACAUAAGCAAGCUAGAAGAACCCAAACAGGUAACUGAAGGACAAAAUGAAGUUAUGGGAAUGGAGGUUGAAGAGGAUGCAAUUCAAGAUGGACAACUUUACGAUAUUAUGGCAAGGAUUGACCAGGAAGGACAAGAAGAUGGAGCUGAAAAACAACAAAAUCAACCACAAAAAAAGAACAACAUGGUUGUUGAAACAGCUUUCUCAGUAGAAGAUCAAACCGAAGUGAUCAUAGAUCAAAAGGUUGGCGGCGAAUGGAAUGGAAAUGGAAAUGGAAAUGGAAAAGAGAAGGGAGAAAUUGUAGGACUGAGGCGAUCAGGAAGAAUGAAAAUUGUUGUUGAUGAAGAAGAAAAUCUACCAUGUGAACAAUAUAAGGUAGGGGCUAAUGAGCAAUAUCAGCCACAGAAUCAGUGUAGUUUUACAUGGAUUAGCCGUGGAGAACACAUUCAAGGAAAGGGAGGAUGUGUGAAACAGAGGCGAUCUGGAAGCAAACAGCAUGUCAGUGAAGAACCAUUUCAACCAUGUGAGCAACUUGAGGAAGGGAUUAAGGAGAAAGGUCAUCAAAGAAAACAGUAUAACGUGGUGUGGAUUGGUCGGGGUGUGCGGAAACUAGAAGGGGCUGGAAAAUAUCUUCCAGAGUCUGAUGAAGAAGUCAUUGAACUAGAAGAUUAUGUCGGUGAAGAUGCUGUGAUGAUUAAUUGUGAUGCUGAAGUAGAUGAACAUGUUGAACAAUUAAAACUCAAGGAAGAAAAAGGAGCAAUAAAUAUGGAACAUAACCGACCAGAAGAAAACCAGCAAUCUGAUACUGUUGAGAAACAAUUUUUAGACAAAGAACAACUUAUGAGUGUAAUAGAUGAUAAAGUUCUACCCUGCGAACAGCAUGAAAGGGUGGACACUGAAGUAGCUGAAAAACUACAAUUGAAACACCAGCGGUGCAAUGAAGUUCUUCCAGAGACACUUCAAGUAGAUGACGAAGUUAAGGAAGGUCAAUACUUGUUGAUGGCUAGAAGUGAUGAACAAGAAGUUGGUGUCAUUAAAGAAUGGAUUGGAAAACAGAAGCAAGGAGAAGGAGAAAGUAUGGAACAGAUUGGAUCACAGCUGCAACAAAAUCAUCUAAGUGGAGAACAAGUUGACCUGCAAAAACAGAGCAAGGAAGAGAAUGAUUGUAACUUUUACACCCAGGGGCCACCACAAAGAGGAAGUAUGGAACAGGAUCUACUACAGAAACAAGAUCAUCGAUCGGGUGAUGAGCAAAAUUCAGUGAUGAUGCAAUGUGAAGUACAAGUAAAAGAUGCUAGUGUGGAAAAACAGCAUGAUGAUACCGUUGAAGAACAAAUUCGGCCUGAAGAACAGCCCAAGAAAGGUACCGAAGAGGAACAACAAAAUGGUGGAGGUACUGAACAAAAAAUGCUAGAAAUACAAGUGCAGAAGGUUGGUAAGCCACUUCAAGAUGAGGAAAUUAAGAAAGGAAGGGUACUGACAGAUGAAGAAAGAGAUGCACUGGUAAUUCAGUAUGAAGUUCAGGCAGGAGUGGAAAAUGUGGAAAAGACUGAAGCAGAAGAGCAGCACGAUUGUUUGACUGAAGAACAAGUAGACACAAAAGAACAGUCGAAAGAGCAUGAUGAUGUGACCGAAGAACCAAUUCAUCUACAAGAGAAAUGCAUUGAAAGGACUGAAGAGGAAAUUCAAUCUUGUGGACCAGACUUGCUGAAAAAUGGAGAAGCUGAGUCAGCUGAAGAGCAACCCCAACAGGAAGAACAACAAACAGAAGUAAAUCAGAAAGAAAUUGGGCUUGUGAUGGAUAGUGAAGUGCAACAAGAUUUACGGAUGAAUCAUGGUGAAACAGAAGUUGGGAGGGCAUAUGUCAUACAGAAUGAGUCAGAAGAGCGACCAAAUGUUGCUGAAAAUCAUGUUCUGCCACAAGAGCAUUGCAUGGGAGGGAACAAAUUUCAGCUGCAUAAGCAACAACAGAGGGAUGUCAUGAAACAAGUUCAUAUAGAAGGAGAAGUUGAAGUUGCCGAAGAUGAACAUCCAGAAGAACAACUAAACAAAGUGAAAGAGAAAGAUAUUGUACUAAUGCAUGGUGUUUCUAACUGCCUGCAGGAUUUGGUGAUGACACAAACCGAAGCAGAAGUAGAAGGGGACAAUGAGGAACAUAAUAAAUCAGAAGUGUACCAGGGUCCGUUAGAAAAACGAGAAACUGUAACAUCCCAAGGGCAACCUCAACAGGAAGGACAACACAAAAAACUGCUUCAGGAAGAAUCUGAACUAAUGAAUAACCUUACUGCAGUAGAACAAGAUUUUAUGAUGAUCGAAAGUGGAUCCCAAUUGGAAAGGACAAGUGCGGACAUGAUCGGAAGUGGAUCCCAAUUGGAAAUGACAAGUGUGGAGCAUAACGGAGUGCAAGAAGAUGACACUGUUGUAGGACAAGUUCAACCACAAAAAGAAGUAAUGGAAGGAACCAAAGAAGGGCAGAAGGGUGAAAAUGAGGCAGGAUUUGAAAAGAAUCAAUCAGAAGAAUGUGAGGAUGAUGUCAAGGUACAAAGAUAUCAGCCACAAGAACAAUGUGUUGAAAGGACUGAAGAGCGAAGCCAGCCAUGCAUACAACAAACUGAAGCAUCUGAGAAAGAUGCAGGUCAAGAAGAAAACAAUGCAGCGAGCAAUGAAAAUGUGGCGUCAUCAAGUAGUAUAAUUGAAGUCUCGGGAGCUUUUCCGUGUAAGUCUUUAGGUGUUGCGAAGGUGAACCUUCCAGAUCAUAAGCAUCAAGGUGAGCAAAGGCGACCAUUAAGACAAGGACUGAGGUCUAGCUGCAAGAAAGAAGAGGCAACUACGAAGGCAAAGAAUCAACUUGAGCGAGCGACACCAGUCCGACGAAGCCUUAGGCCUCGUAAAACAACUUCAGAAGCAACUGUAGUAAUUGAGAAUGGCCCUAAUCGUUCAAAAGAGCAACUAAAACAUUCACGACGUGCAAGACCCUCAAAGAGGAAACCUGGAAUUGCUGAAGCAGAACAAGCAUCAAAGUCGCAGAAGACUAGGAGAACUGAUUUAUAAUUCCAGGACCAUGAAAAUGGAAUAAAAUAUUGCAAAUGAAGGCCAUAUGAGAAGUACACGAUCACAGCUGCGAAGUCCAUCCUGGUACGGCAAACUCCUAAUUGUUGUUUGUUCCCUCGUUUAGUUGAAACCAUCUUAUGAACAGGGAUGGGUGCUCUCAGUUGCUUUUGUUAAAAAUACUCGAAAAAGACCCUGGACAAAAUGUUGGCAUAUGCUCCUUAACUAUGUAGGCUGAAAACAUUCAAGACUAUUACUAUAUUGUGGUCAAGGUCAUCGAGAUGACCUGGAAGAGCAUCUCUCUUAUUACACGAGCCAAGAACAAAUAAAUAAUUGAUGCACAAUUGUGAGCCAUGGACUGAGCAAGGGGAAAACCUAAAAGUAUA